AUCUUUUCGGCGAGGAAUUCGGUUACGGACGAAUCCGCGAUUAUUGUAACAUUGUACUGGCACAUCUUACGUUCUCUUUUAUAUUUUGUAAUCUUCUGUUCAAGGGUGAAAGUCAAAAGAGAGAAAGUAUAGACAACGUCUUUGUUUCGUCGGUAGUGAGGCGACUUCGGUGCUAGAAAAAUGUAAUCUGUGCUGUGGACUGAAACUUCUUGAGAAGUAAUGAAAUGUGAAUUGAUUUUUAGUGAAAUCGUUUUUGUGAUUGUUGGUAAUUGUUAUUAAGUGCAAAAUAGUGGACGUCAUUACUAAUUAUAAAUUAACCACAGGAUACGUUGUUAAACCUUUACGUAAACUUGGAUUGUAUUGUGAAAUAUAGGUUUGAAACAUUACUUUGAGGUUUUGUUCAAUCUCACACUAUGAAACCUCCACCACCGUCCGUAGAGACAGAUGACUGCGAUGAUAUUUUCGGCCCUCCCCGUACCUACCCAAGUGGUUACUGCCCUCCAAAGAACCGCCCUUCCAUGAUCUCUGCCAAGUACCGCCAAAAGGAGGAACGAAGAAAGGUUCUAAAAAUUAGCAUCAAUAAGUUAAAGAAGAUCGAGGAUGCUGAAGUAAGCUUGUGCAGGUCCGUUUUGAUCAAUAACACCAUGAAGCGGUUACAAAGAGAAGCCAAAGAAGAGAAGUUGCAGAAACAACAACUUAGUUACCCACGUUGCUUCGACAACGACAAUUACCUGAGCCUAAAAAAUGAAUUUAUGAAAAACGAAAGGAACGACGAACCACAGAGCCUUCCAACCGAAGCGUUUGAGAACGAUUUCGACGCCAAGUUAGCCGAAGAAAUUGACUCAGUCAACGCCAAGGAGGUACUAAACAUGGUCGAAGAGAAUCUGAAUGGUUUGAGCAGUUCAGAAACCUUCCAUUUUUCCGAAACUUCUGAAACCACUACCACCACUGAUAGGUUGUCAUCGAGGAAACGUUCUUUUGAUGAUAUGGACGACUGUGAUGUUCAAGAUGUGCUGUCUCAGUUCUAUAUGCCACCUACCCCGAGGAUGUUGACCUGCAUAGACGACGACGAAGACGUCAAUGUUGUCGACGAUGAACCUUUACCUAAAAGGGUAAAGAGCACCAGCGAAGAGGCAGAUCUCGAAAAGAGCAGUUGUGAUAGUUCCUUAACUGACUUUAGUGUUAAUAAUUUUUUAAACAACAACGUUCCUACACAAGAAUCGCGGCUGAGGUACUCAAAUCAAAAUGACACAGACAGUAAUUCUUUUAGUUGUGGACAUGCGUCAAUGUUUAGUGAAUUUCAAAGUAAUGUUUUUCAUAAUCUAAUAGCUUCUUUAGAAACGUAGUAUUUUCUUAAUAAUGCCUAGAAUGAUGACAAUGAUUUUUGAUUAUUUAUGUGAUAUCUAGAGUGAAAGAAUUGAUUGGCUAAAUUCGGUUUUACUCACUUGACAGUUUUAAUGACAGGUUAUGUUGUCUCCAUUAAUUAAUAUUUUUAAAAUAAAGUACGUACAAAUUGUUGUAUUGUCUAACAUAUAAGAGAUUCAUUAAUAUUCAGCUGAGCGGGGUGCUACUGUUCGAGGUGUGAAAUUCCAUAAACAAGGGAAAAUAGAUAUUUCACACCUCGAACAAUAGUAUCCCGCUGAACUGAACAUUAAUGAGUCUCUUAGAUAGAUGGUAAUACUUUUUACGUAACAACCAAGAUUAACAACCAAGUAAAGGAAGCGUUUUUUAGUAAAUAUGUAAUGAAAUCUUUGAAAACCACUGCCUCACAUAACAGAUAAUUAUAUAGGAAAACAACUGUGUUUUCACUCGUACUUGCCAAAUACGUAUUUUUUAAAUUAUAUGAAAUAAUAUUUAUAUUAUCUUGUUUGAUGUAGAUUCGGGUAGAAAUAUUUCUUGCUAAUUUAAAAGUUGAAACAAGAAUUUAAAAAUGUGUUCUGAUUUUCUAACGCAACCUUAAAAAUGUAGUAUUUAGUGUUUUAUUUGGUUGAUCAGUUAUUUUUAAUUGAAGAUAGAUUUUACUCUAAUCUCUAGCUUAUAGUAACAAUCUAAUCAAUAUAAGAUUAAAUAAAAUUGAGGUGUAUUUAAUAUGAAAAUGUACUUUUAUUUAAAGUGGUAUUUCAUUUUUGUGGUAUUGCAACGUAACCUGAAAUUAAAAGUGUUAUAUUUUAAAUAUCAAAAUUAUACAAAAGUGACGAUAAAAUUGUUCCACGUUUAAAACCAGUGUAUUAUGGGAUCAUAACAGAAAACACAGGAUCUUAUCUCCUAAUUCGUAAAAGGGAGUUUGAGAAAUAAAGAGCUGUACACGCACAGUGUGUAGGGGAAGGACAAGGACGGUACACGUCAAAUUACAUCGGAGUCACUCACGAUGUGUAGGGAUUUUGAUGAGUUUUGACAUUGGGCCCUCCAAUGUGUGGAUCCCGUAACUACACUUUGAAAACGUGUGUACUUACUAACCUAUAAAUCGAUACUUAAUACGUCACUUUUUGAUCUAAUUUUGGUUUUAACAAACUUUUUUAUUUAUAUAUAACAGUUUAUUAUUGUUAUGAUCUUUAGCAAUAUCUCAAUUUAAUUUGAGUGAAUGAUGUAAGAAUUCUUAAGGUAGCUCUUCAUAAAAACCAUCCGUAAGUCGGGCAAAAUACACUUAAAUUUUAAAGAUCUCGAAAGUAACUCACAGUAUCAUGGCAGCUCUGGUCACCUAUUUUUAAUUAAUAAAUUUUUCACUUUUCAUAUUUUGGUUUUUUUUAUCAAACUAAGAAAACCAAGUAAGACUCAAAUUUAGGUAAAUUCACCAGUAUUCACCGUUGUAAUUGCAAUAAAAUAUAAAGAUAGAUAUACUAGAACAGGAAAUAUAUUAAAAGAUCUGAAAAACCAUAUAGUAAGUAUGUAGUAGUUCGCAUUCUUUGACCAUGGCCAGAAUCAAUGAUUCAUUCUAAAGUUCGGCUACUGAUGAUGCAGUUCUACCUUUUUUCUUCAAUCAAGCGAGACACUACUUCUCUGACACUUGAUCGUGAAACAUUUGUACCAUAUCCUCCCCUUUCAGUUAAUUCUACCAAAAAGUCCUGUGUUCUUGAUGAAAGACAGCCAUUUGCUUAUGUGCUGUUGCAAGGUUUUUUCCUAGCUCGCUACAUACUUGAUUGAAGUAUUUCACAUUCGCAAUGGACUUAUAUGGCAGUUUUUGUCUCCAUUUUGCACUUCUUCCACUAUGUUUUAUUCGUCCUACCUAUGUUGUAGAUGUAUUUCCUCAGUUAAGAGUACCCAGUGACCAUCUGCAGCUUUUGUCUGCUAAGAUUUAUUAGACCAGACGAAGAAACCCUCCUGUCAAUGUUAUUUACAAUAUUCUUGAUAUAGUGUGCAUCCGUAGAGCUCUCCAUUUGUUGGUAUUAUUUUUCUUUCAGCCACUUUUGAACUUCGUUUCUAACAACAUCUAUCCUGAUGCAGCCAAAGGUUUUGCUCGAAGAUUCUAGAGCCUUACUUUGCCAGUUCUGCUAUGUUGAUAACUGGGACUUUUAGCUCAAGUUCUAGAAAACAGCUAAAUCUUGAAUUUUAGCAAACUUAUCUAGUAAAUGGUGGGAACCUCAAAUAAAGAACAAUUUAGUUUGUCAAAAAACUAGAAGAAAGUGAAUUAAGAAGAAAUAUUUUGUAAAUUACGAAAUCUAUUGUAUGGUUUGUGGUUCAUUAUUUGAACGAAAUACUUGUCAUUGCUUUUUGUUGAAGCAAUGUCUCUUCUUCCAAAGUGGAAGAAGAGACAUUGGAAACGUUGUGUUAACGUUCUGGAAAAAAUUAAAGAAUAAUGAUGAAAAUAAGAAAAUAAAUAAAUUUUUACUAUGAUCGAUAUGCAAAAUUAAUCCAGAUAUGCUCUCCUACAAGCCAUCCUGCAAGAAAAAAUAUUUGGAAAGCAAGGUCCAGAAAGAAGAACAUCCUAAUUAAAGAACCUCAAAACUUGCUUCAACACAAAAUGUGUGCAGCUUUUCCACGCUCCUGCAGAUAAAAUAAAGAUUGCCAUGAUGUUAGCCAAAAUUCGUCACGGAUAGGCACUGGUCGAUGUGUACAUCGUCUUCGGAGAAUCCAAUUUUUUUUAUAAUUUGAGUCUUGCUUAAUAUUUUGUUGGUUAAUUACAACAACAAAUUCUAUAUAACUUAUAAAGUGUUGACCUCAGCUUCUUUUUUGUUCGACUAAAUACCAAGUUUUUCAUGAUCCAGCACCUUAACGUAGAUCUUUUGGCUACAAAUGCCCGUUGUACUUUUCUAUUAUAGUGUUAAAUGUACACAAUCAAGUAUUGCUUGUACGCAUAAAGCUCUCUGUAUUUUUGGAAGAAACCGUACUACGAAAAGCCUUUCACGUUUUUGUGUUUCUUUAAAAUAAAAAAAAAAAUAUAUAAAGAGAAAUUAGUAUCUUUUCAUCUUGUGGAGAGCAACUUAAACUGUGAUAUUACGAAAUAUUGUAUAAAACCAAUGCGUAGGAAACUUAGUUGAAUAAAAUAUUGUACAGGGUAUUCUGUUUGAAUGGUACUAUUGAGUUAUUAAAAAUAUUGUAAACAGUUAUAUUUGUUAUCUUUUAUCUUAAUCCUUUUUAUUUAUACUAUCUUCUAUCGGAAUAUUAACAUGCUUAUUGAACAAAGAAUAGCUUCAUUUUAAUUUGUCGCUGUAUUUGUCUAAAAAUAUUAGCCUCAGAAUUAGAAUGGUACUCACUCCAUAAGCUUCAAAUUAUGAGUUUCUACGAAGGUGCGUUCUUUCCAUUUUACGAAGGUGCACCUGUGAAGACUUCAUUGAUGAAACAUUAUACUAAAAUUAUUGUAUUUGUACAGUAAAACUCAUUUAUCUGCACCCGCGAAGAGAAGACACGACAGACGUUCGUUGGUGCGGUGCAAGUGACCUGGAGGGCUUCAGAUAAAUCUGUUAGACUCUACAUUGUAAUUGCCAUGAGUUUUAAAAGAGUUCAGCCAGGAAAAAAGAUACAAAUUCAACGAAAAUAUAGGCCAAAAAGGAAAAAAAUAUGCACCUUAUAAAAAAUAAUUUAUCCUAAUGGAAUGUUGGUGAAAUGGGCAACAGAUAUAACUAAACUAACAAGAGGAAAAUAGAAACAACAAUCAAGGAUUCUUUGCGGCCGAUGUUUUGUAAUGGUGCAUUGUAUUCGGGAUAUUUAGACCGUGAUAUGGAAUUAUUUCUUACUAUCGAUACAUCAGAUGGAAAAAGCUGAGGGAGAUCUAUGUCCAGCAGUGGACGCGUACAGGUUGAUGAUAUCGAUACAUCUGCAAGUUCGGUAGAUAUUAUCAAGGUGAAUCACAUGAAAGUACAUCUACAUCCGUUCCCGCAUCGCCUGAUAAUGUCAGCCAGGAACGAAACGAGACGAUUCGUCUUGUUAAAACAGGUCGUAUCGCACACAAUUCGCUUAUUGCACAUCUUCUAUUUGUGUAACCAUAUGGUUCAGAUUUUAAUGUUAAUGACUACUUACGUAGCCAGGACCCACAGAUUUACGGGCCUUCCGAAGCACGGCAGCGGCUCAGUUAAACUAAAAAAUGGAAAAUUGGUAUUGUCUAUGCCGGGAUCGAACCCGGACCGUUCGGUUUGGUAAGCCGGUAUCUAGCCAGACAGAGCUAUGGCCAUCACUUUUCAGGAAAAGAAUUUAAGUCCGGUUAAAAAAUAAAAGCCAUAUGCCAGAAAAUCAGCAAUGAUAAAUAUCACGUUAAGAGUCAAAAUACAGUGCAGAAGGAGGACCCAUAUGUCAUAUAUGGUUUUGUAUGUCAUUUUAUCAUAAGAUAAAGAAAAGACGCUGAAAAAGAAACAUAAAAUGUUACAACAACGAUAAUCUCAUAUGUUUAAGAAAAUAAUUUUCGUACUGAAUGUAAAGUUAGGAACAAUAGCUAUAUUGAAGAUUUGUCAGGAAAAAAUCACAAGAGACAGAUUGAAUUAAGACAGUAGCAAUACGAAUUUACUUGAAAUGAUUGUAUCGAUAGUAUCACUUAAGAAAAGCCAAUUUACUGGAUAUUACGAUAUUAUACAUAUAUCUAUAGUGCCUAUAUCCUUAUUCUAUAUCCCUAUAUCUAUAGUGCCUAUGUAUCCCUAUAGUGUUGUACCGAGUUGCGUCGUGGACUCUCACAAACGCUACAGAAAAUUAAGGGUUUCAAAAUGUGGCCUUAUCUCCAAAAAGAAAAAGAUGUUAUCCACAACAAAAAUGGCUAAAAUCGAAGCUCGGUCACAUCAUGAGGAACAGUGAAAGAUCUGGAUUGCUGCAACUAAGUUUACAGGAAAAGUAAAAGGAAAACAUGGACCAGGAAGAAGAAGGAUUUCGUGGCUGAAAAAUCUAUGUACGUGGUUCAACACAGCACCCACAAAUCUUUUCAGAGCAGCAGGUGCAAAGUACAUAUUGCUGUGAUGGUCGCCAACCAAUAAGAAGAACUUAUUGGUAUCAUUAGCAAAAGGAAAUUGUCAAUGUAUGUCAUGGAACUCCAAAAUACAGGCUCGUGGCUCGUUUACCUGGGAGUUCAAAGAAAGGUCAAGAAAGACAGUAUAAUGUUGAGUUGUUAGAUUUUGCUCAUAAAGAUUUGAUUUUCUGCUACAAUUUCGAAUUAAAGGGUCUUUGAAGAAAGAGAAAGAAAGUCAUUGAGAAUAAUACAAAUACUUGGAUUUGGGAAUGUUAAGAUGACAUUGUUAUUUUGUAGUACAUAUUCAAAAGUAAGGAGACUAUUUGGUUUUCUUCAAAAGUAAUCAUCAGUAUUGACCUGGAUAAAUGGAUGGAAAACAAAAAGAUAAUUAUUAUAUAUCAGAAAGUGUCAUUCGGUACAGUACUGAAAUGUUUAGAGAGAUGUUAUUCCAAACCUAUCUAACGUUUACAACUGUGAAUUGAAAAGGAGAAAAAUGCAUAUUAUCAUCAUCAUCUUUUGCUCAGUGAAUCGUGGCCUGCUCCAAAAUUCGUCGCCAUUUUGUUCGAUUCAAAGUCUUCAAAUGAAAGGCAGGAUUUACAAAACAGUCAUCAGCCUAAUAAUGACAUAAGCGGCAGAAACACGACCUGGCACGCAGGGGACAAAAAUUAUGCUAGUAACCAGGAUGAUCCUAAGGGGGGGGGGUUACAACUACUGGAAAGUCUCUGGGGAGUAUGGUGUUAAGCGUAUAGAGCUCAAAGUUCAUCCCAAUGGUAGGGGAGGUUAUAACCCCCAAACCCCCCCUGGUUACGCCACUGGAGAUGAAAACCCUUCGAGAUGAGAAAAAUUGACUGUAAAACACUAUGGGGACAACGCUAGAAGUAAAACUGGAAAGUUUCUGGGGAGUAUGGUGUUAAACGUAUAUAGCCCAAAGUUCAUCCCAAUUGGGGGGGUUAUAACCCCAAAACCCCCUCCUGGUUACUGGAGAUGAAAACCCUUCGAAAUGAGAAAAAUCGACUGUAAAACACUAUGGGAGAGAGCUAGAAGUGCAGAUAUACGACGAAGAUGCAAGGUGAAUAUCAAGGAUUGGGUAAGAAAUAAAAGAGUAGAAUAGAUCGAUCAUAUAAGAUGAAUGACAACAAAAUAGACUAGUACCUAAAGACGGCGAGAGACAGUUCUAAUCAAAUUAAUGGGUCUGGCCCAUUCGGUCAUUUCCAAUUUUAUGAAAAUUUUAGAAAAUAAAAUUUUUUAUACACUUAUAAACGUGUUCACAAUGGAACUGUUUGUUCUGUUUUCAAAUUACGAAGCUUUAUCAACACCAAUUUAAGUUAAUAUGUUUAUAAAUAUGUAGGUAGAUGACCUGGUCUUGCACAAAAACUUUCAAAUAUAAAUAUCUUCUUUUUUAUACACUUCAAAACCUUGAGUUUCGAUAGUAAGAUAUAACUGUUUACAUAAUUGGCAAAUGAACACAUUGUCUAGAAAUAUAUUCACGAAUACCUUGUACAAGUCACUUGACCAUAGUUAAAAGUGUAAAGAAAUACGUAUAGAUUUGUAAACUUAAACUAUUUAGAAGCAUUGUGUAUCUUACUUGUGGGCUUCGCUAGAAACUUUCUGUAUUUUUCCUUUUUAUAAUCCACAAUCACGUACAAAUAUGUAAACUGCACAGAAGUAGGGAUGUUACAAAAAAUCUCGAGUUAUAAUUGUAGAUAACGUGAAUGCCGCUGAACUGUAAAGAGAUAGAGUUCACUGGUGAGUAACUGUUAGGUUUUUUAAAGUCUUCAAACAUCAAGUCUUAAGCCAUAGACAUUGUUUUUCAACAGCUCAGAACACAAUUUAAAUUUUUCAGUGUGAUACCGUCAAAGUCAGCUUUCAAGUUAAGGUGAUACAGUAGCGAUCAACAGGUAGCCAAAACGCGUUCCAAGAUUGCGGCUAUAAUUUUGAAUAUUUUUUCGAGAUAUUUGGCACACGUAUUCGUAAUAUAAUAAAGAAUGGCGGUACAGAGCCCAAUUUGAAAAAUAUAUUAAUAUGUGGAAAUUACUCUGUAAUUAAAUACAAUAUUAAAUUAAAAAAACGAGCCUGUACCGCCAUUAAGAAGAACAAAAAAAUACACUUUCUUCAAAUAAACUAUUUUAUCCGCUGCCUAGAUUUUGUGUCAUUUUGGAACUACUAAUGAAAUAAAAAAUUUUAGUGGUUCCAAAAUGACACAAAAUCUAGGCAUCGGAUAAAAAAGUUUAUUUGAAAAAAGUGUAUUUUUUUGUUCUUCUUAAUGGCGGUAAAGGCUCGUUUUUUUAAUAUUGUAUUUAAUUACAGAGUAAUUUCCACAUAUUAAUAUAUUUUUCAAAUUGGGCUCUGUACCGCCAUUCUUUAUUAUAUUACGAAUACGUGUGCCAAAUAUUUCGAAAAAAUAUUCAAAAUUACAGCCGCAAUCUUGGAACGCGUUUUCGCUACCUGUUGAUCGCUACUGUUUCCUCUUAAUGUAGUUUCAUAUAAAGUUCAUAACAAAAUUACUUAAACUUAAAUACAAUGAAUGUCAUUAUUUGAAUGUUCAAUGUUAAAUACCACGGGACCUUGACAUGGAUCUUAUUCAACUAUAAGUUUCUUUCUGUAGUAACUGGUUUAAGUAUUCAAUACAGUUAUUAUUAUUUAAUUUGACAAACUUCUUCUUCUUUAAGUCCCAUCUCCGCGGCGGAGGUCGGCAAUCAUCAUAGCUAUUCGUAUUUUAGAGAUGGCUGCUCUGAAAAGUUCAUUUGAUGUACAUCCGUACCACUCUCUCAGGUUGCGCAGCCACGAUAUUCUGCGUCGCCCUAUGCUUCUCUUUCCUUGAAUCUUUCCCUGCAUAAUCAAUUGGAGCAAGCUGUAUCUCUCCCCACGUGUAAUAUGUCCGAGAUAUUCCAAUUUUCUUGUUUUGAUGGUAUUUAACGUAACCUAAAUGCUUAAACUCUCGUUAUUUUGUUUUAGCAGUGUGACUGUGUUGUUUCAGUUUAUUCUAUAAUUAGAUACUUUUUCAUGUUCCCUACCAACAAUACAUCACUAAAUCUAAAUGAUAUAUAUUUUUUUGCCUGUUCCAUAUUAGGUAGACGCAAGUAUGAUAUAGAAAUGCUGUCUUUAAUAACUUAUUAGUUAGUCUCUUUUACACUCAUCUUACUCCUUCGUCCUUAAUUAAUUAUUUUCGUUAUAAAAACAUAAUUUUCCAGUACCAUAUUAAAAUUUAAGUUUAUUCUUUAUCCCUAAUCUAUUCUUCUUCUAGUCAUUCUUCCUUUCUUUGCGGUGAGUAUCCUUACUUUUUUUCUAUCCUGAUCGGGGUAUUUACAGCUUUUCAGCCCAUUUCAAGUCCAGCUCCAGUUCAUGAAGGGAUUCCAAGUUAAGGAGCAACAAUUCAUUCACUCAUAUCUGGGCUUCCUCUCCAUAUUCUCCCUGGGGGUUUCUGGAUUUCAUUACCCUUUUGGAGUAUAUAUGGUUUGGCAUCCUUUGAACAUAACCGUACCAUUGCAGUGCUCUGUAUUCCAUUUUUUUUUUGUUAUUCAGCAUUCUACUUGAAUUCGGUUCCAUAUUUUCCCAACAUUCUUGUCUCUUACGGUGAUUUGAAGACGUCUUCUCAUAAAGUCCAAUUCGGCUGUCUUAUUUUAUUUCGUAAGGUUCUUUUUGUUUUCUUUGGUGAGAGUGUUGUUUCAUAUCAAGCCAUGAAGUGAUUUUGUAGCUUAUUUUCGCCAAGCUAUUUUUAUUUAUAUAUCUCAUAGACACGUAUCAUCUCUACAUACUUCCAAUCCUAAAUACUUCAAAGACUGGCAUCUUUUGAUAGUCUUGUCUUUAAAUUUAGAUCUGCAAUCUCUCCUUUUAUGCACAGGUAUUCCGUCUUAAAUGAUGAUAUCCAACCUCCGAUUGUCCGAUUGAAAGACAAGAAUUAAACAGAUUAAGAUAAAGAACAAAAUUCCGUCUUUCUCAUAUGUACCAUUAAACCCCAUGAUUCUUACUUUUUUUUUUAAUUUUCUGAUCAUAAUAUAUAAAAUUCUCCUGUCACAGUGUUUGUUGCUAGACUCCUCCGAAACGACUGGACCGAUUUUUAUGAAAUUUUACACGUAUGUUGGACAGAACUGAAAAUAGGUUGCUAUCUAUUUUUCAUAUCCGUAUAUUCCAUGCCCUCUUUUUCUUGUACAAAAAUAACCUUUUUAUACCACCUUUUUAAAGCUUGGUCUAUGUGUAUGUUAAAAAUUAUAGGUGAUAGUCCACAUCCUUAUUUGAGAACUUUUGUUACAGUGAUCUGUAUUUGUGCUUUUCUCGCCUUUCUUUGUUAAAUUUACUCAUUUUUUCCUGAUGUUCACCCCUCUCAUUGCUUCCCGUAGUCAUCUGCUGGGUGCACGGUUUUACGCUUUUGCCAAAUCAAUGAAAGUCAUGUAUGUUUUAAUGUUUUUCUUGAUGACUUGUCUCAUGAAAAAUAUAUGUAUUAUUGUCGAGGCAUGAUUUGGCUUUCCGGAAUCCAGAUUGUUGUUCACUACAUCACUACAACAAGUUAUCCAUUCUUUUUCUAUUUUUUCUUUUAUUGCUGCAGAAAAGAUUCUUGCAACUGAAGACAUUACAUUAAUCUCCUUUUUUUAAAUAUGGACAUGUAUGAUAAAUUCCAUUCACAUGGAAGAUUUUUUCAUCUUUCAAUUUUAUUCUCAUUUAUUUACCCUCUGUAGAGGGUAUUUAUACCUACAGUUUGUCUCAAUUUUUCCACAUAUUGAUAUCUUCUGCGGUCUUCUGGGUCUUCUGUCUGCGGUCUUCUGGGGAUGCAAAGCCAACUCCCCAGUAAAGUAGAGGUAAAGAAGUCUUAAAGUCAGGUAGAAUAAAAGAGUCAGAUUCAUGCAGCCUGUGUUUAUUUAUGUUUCGUUUACUCCAACAGGUUAGGCAUAUAUUAUCUUAGAUAAAAAACAAGGCUUCGGCUGCUGACUUUAUGACCUUAAGGUUUGCUCCCUACUUACGCCCAUACUCCCCUACAAAUUUUGGUGGAUGUUGUUUCUCUGCGUAACUUUUUGUUUUUUGUUCUGGUAAUCAUAUGUAUGGGUUAUUAAAACGAGCCCAAGAUAUUUAAUUAUAUCGUUAUGUUCCUUGUUCUUAUGGAAGUGCCUUCCAUUAUCAGAGGUUGGCUAUCAUCACAGCUAUCCGUACCUUAUUGGUGGCUGUUCUGAAAAGAUCUACUGAGCUACAAUUAUACCACUCUCUUAGGUUUCUCAGUCAGGAAAUUCUUCUUCUACCUAUGGAUCUUUUACCCUUAAUUUUACCUUGCAUUCAUAUCUCAUAUUUCGCACCUCUGGUAAUGUGCCCUACAUAAGUACCACUGCUUUCUUGUUUUGAUGUUCUUUGUCACCUCGCAAUCCUUUUGUAGCCUUCUUAAGUCUUGUGCAUUUGUAACUCGUUGGAUCCAAGGUAUUUUCAAAAUCCUUCUAUAAAUCGUUAUAUUCUGGGUGUUGCCUAAUCCCAGGAUACAUUUAGUUAAAUGGGCCAAGUGAAGUGGGUGCUGAGUUGGAAUGCACAUAUUUGGGUAUGUGCAUUCCACUUCAUUACGUGAUUAAUUGUGUAAUUAACAUAGUGUGCAUUGGGUAUGUAUGUUGUAUAAUAUACAAAUCCAAAUCUGAUUAACAUAUUAUGUUAAUCAGAUUUGGACCAUAUGUCUACUUCUUCCUUAUAUAUCUUAAGCAUCAACUAAAUACAACUUUAUAGUUACUUAAUUUUGUAGGCAGUGUUAAAAGAAAACUGGUAUUUUAUCAGUGACAGUUACAAUACUAUCUUGCAUACUUAAUACAUUAACUUCUUUUGUUAGGAACUACACAGCGCGUCUGAGAAAACGAGCACCCCAAAAAAAUUGGUCAUUUUCGAUGUCUCGCAUCUCCUAAACCUGUUUGCCGAUUUAAGUAAUUUUUUUUAAUAUGUUAUUGCCUUAUUCUUUAACAAUAUCGCUGUAAUAAUAUUGUUGCUAAACAGGUGAAUUUUCGUUGUAUACCGGGUGUACGGAUUAAACUGUGUUUUUUUCUCAAAGUUCGCAACACCCUGUGGAAUAUUCUAGCAUUUAUAAAAUACUGAAAUUAAAACCUAUCUAUAGCUUCAGGUUUUCUUAACAUUCUCUUUUUUGAUUCAUUCGCUUAUGUUGGAUAAUACAAAAAUUAGGUACUUUAACAACUAGCCAUGUUCUUCAUCGGUACAGGGUGUUUCUAAAUAAGUGCGACAAACUUUAAGGGGUAAUUUUGCAUUAAAAAGUAAUGAUAGUUCGCUUUAUAAUCAUAUGUCCGCCAAUGCUUUGUUUCCGAGAUACGGGAUGUUAAAUUGUUUCUUACAAACUGAUGAUUUUUUUAUUGCCCUAAAACUGGUUGAGAUAUGCAAAUGAAAUUUGGUAGGUUUUAAGAUAUAGUUAUUGCGCAUUUUUUGAGAUGCAAUUAAUAAUUUUAUAUUCACCAAUGGCGCGCAUACGGGUAAUAUGACCGAUCAUAUUACCCGUAUGCACGACAAUGGUGAAUGUAAAAUUCUUAAUUGUAUGUCAAAAAAGUGCAAUAACUACGUCUUAAAACCUACCAAAUUUCAUUUGAGGUAUAUCUCAACCGGUUUUAAAGCAAUAUAUAAAUCGUCAGUUUGUAAGAAAAAAAUUCAACAUCCCGUAUCUCGGAAACGAAGCAUUUGCGGACAUACGAUUAUAAAGGAAACUCUCCUUAUUUUUUAAUGCAGAAUUACCCCUUAAAGUUUGUCGUACUUAUUUAGAAACACCAUGUACUGAUGAAGAACAUGUCUAGUCUAAAGUACUCAACUUUUUAUUUUCCAACAUAAGCGAAUGAAUAAAAGAACAGAAUGUUAAGAAAACCUGAGGCUAUAGAUGGGGUUUAAUUUCAGUAUUUUAUAAAUGCUAGACUAUUCGAACUUUGAGAAAAAACACAGUUUGAUUCGUACACCCGGUAUAAAAUAAAAAUUUACAUGUUUAGCAACAAUAUUAUUACAGCAAUAUUGUUAAAGAAUAAGGCUAUGUAAUAUUAAAAAAAUUACUUAAAUCGGACAACAGGUUUAGGAGAUAUAAGACAUCAAAAAUGACCCAUUUUUUGGGGUGUCCGUUUUCUCUGACGCGCAGUGUAUAUGAAAGAUAAUCUUGAGAAAUUAGUGGGUCUGAGCUGUUCUAAUAAUAAGAGCUUAAAUGUGUUUCCAUUAGCUAGUACCUUGUUACACCAAAAUUUGACCUACUUAUGCAGAAUUGACAUAUACUUUAGAAAGUUGAAGCUUCGUGUUUGCAUCAGGAAUAUAAUUAAUUAAUUUGAUGAAAUUGCGGUAUAUCUUGUCGCACAUACAUCCGUACAAUAUAGAUAUCGUUACACGUCAUCCGCGUCAUAGCACGUGACGUCACAUUAUACCAACAUGAAAUAUUUAAGUCGUACGUGCGUUCCUUUUUAUAAUCGUUUAGCCAAGUACACUGGAAUUACAGCCGCUAGACAUAUUUUAUUAUAUACGCGUAGAAAUAAUAUUGGAAGAUUUCUAUUAAUGUAAAUCUUAAGAAACAUACACUAACUUGUUUCAUUUAAUUUGUAUAAGUGGAGUAUAAAGUGUUUUUAUAAAACACACUUUCUUGUUCGGAUUACACUCGAUCGAACUGCGAUCGAACAAAGGUGACACUUUGGUAACAUUUAUUGGUAACAUUUAUUUGACAGUUGCGCUGUUAACAAUUCAGAUUUGUUUUUAGUCUUUACUAUAAGUAUUUGUUUUAUUAUAUUUAUUGUUUUUAUUAUUUACUUUAACGUAAGAUUUUAACUUAAUUCUUGUGUUCUAUUUCUAAUGUUUUUAUUUAUUUACAUUGAAUAUUAAUUUGUUUCGUUUAAUUUGAUUUAAAAUGAAUUAAAUAAUUUUUUGUAAUUAGGCAACAAUGUCAACUUAGAUCUCUGACGUAGAUAAUGACGUGCAACGGUAUCUAUAUUGUACUGACAGUACUUUAGUUGGUGAUUUUAGGUAUUAUAAAAUGAUAUUUUUGUUAUUCCAUUAAUUUUUUUGUUAAUUACUUUUAAAUUGAUUUUGUUUAAGGAAUAUUUUAAAAUAUUUAAUUCAGUAUUUAAUUAUUUAUUUAAUUCUUUUAACCUUAUAUUAUGUUUAACCAGCUACAAGUGUCGUAAAUAUUUAUCCUCAAAAUUUCUCUAAAUUCGCCCCUUUCUCAUCCCUAUUUUCGGUUAAGCAGUUUGUAAUGUCAGGUAAACAAUUAUGUUGACUUUCAUAAAACUUCUUUUACCAUCCUCUUAAAAGUUACUUGUAUCUUAUAUUUUUAUUAUUAUUAUAACUUUAUUUGUACAUAUAUCUUAUUUAGUGUUAUUUUAUUAUUAUUAUUAUCUGACCGGUCAUUUAAUAAAAUACUUUGUUUGAAGUAAAUACUAGUAAAAUUAAAUUUGUUAAAGUUAAAGGAAGUUAAAACGAUUUAGCAAAUAUGCAACACCUGUUUCUGUGUUCAUUUAAUGUUCUGUAAAAUAAUAAACAAAAAAAAACAUAAAAAAGAAAUACUUCAAUUAUAUUUCAGUAAACUAAAACUUUCAGACUGUUCAUCAUCAUCAUCAAUACAGAUAAAAGAGCCUCGACCUUCCCAAGUCUAUUUACGCCAGUCCGUUCUAUACAUUGCCAAUUGUUGCCAACUUGCUGCGCCUAUUUUUCUAUCAUCCUCAUCUACACCAUCCUUUAAUCUGAGUUUUGGCCUAACCCUAUUUCUACUUCCCACAGGUUCUUCUAGGAGGGUUGUUCUGCUGUGAUCUUGCUAGAUGUCCUGCCCAUCUUAGUCUUCCUAUUUUUAUAAGAGAUACUACGUCUUUACCACCAAAUAUAUGUUAAUAUCUGAGGUAUAUCUCGUAGUUUUACCUCCUCGUCCAAACACCAUUUUCACAGAUGCCACCGAAUAUUCCUCUCAGGAUCCUUCGUUCAAAUAUAAGCAGAAGGUUUUCAUCUGCCUUGGAGAUGGCCCCUGUCUCCGAUUCAUUUGUCAACACUGGUUGUAUAAUGGUUUUGUAUACGGCUACUUUUGUUUUUUGCCUUAAGUUUCUACUUCUCAUAUGUCUACUCAGUCCAAAAUAGCAUUUGUUUGCUAGGAUUAUCCUUCGCUUGAGUUCUUUCGUCAUGAAGUUCUCCUUGGUGAUCAGGGAGCCUAAGUAUGUGAAUUUGUCCGCGCCACUUCAAAGGUAGAGUUAUCAACCGUGAUUUGAUAUCCGAUGUUUCUGGCUCUAUUGUUGGUUGUUGAUGCCAUCAUCGUAGUUUCCUCCUCAUUUACUUACAGCCCCAUAUUUUUUUAGGCAUUUGAGAAGCUGGUAUACAUUUCUUCUAGCUUGCGUGUUGUGCGGGCAACUCUAACCACCUUUUUCAGAGCUAUGUUUAAUAGGAAACACGGCAGCGCAUCUCCCUGUCGCAGCUUAACAUGCGUUUCAAAUGCCUGUGAUUGUUCGCCAUGUAUUUAGACUUUGCAAACAACUUUAUGCAUUUUCAGUCUGUACAAGUCGACAGAAAUAUCUUAAACCGCCAAGGUUAGACCGAUCGAAAACUUCGUUAAUGCGACGUUGUCAGAUCAAUAGGGUUUCAGAGGUUUUUCGGUUUUUUAUUUGUUGCCUGUUUCACAGUAAAAUUUCCUUCUACUUACUCCUGCUUAAAUUUUAAAACAUUUUGUAUAAUUUCACUGGAUUUUCCACGUAGUGUCCAAUUUUUCGCGGCACUUGUAAUAUUCAUGUUUAGGUAUUCAAAAAAUAUUAAAUGUAUUCUAAAUAAACAACUAUUCGACGAUUUUAUCUGGCAAUGUCGCAAACGUCUGAUUUUGUGCACAAUGAAUUUCAAAUGGAUGUUUACUCUGUGCACCAAUGCAUUCAACUAAAGUCCCCUCUCCUUGAUUUGCUAUCUUGUGACUUCUCAGUUUCACAUAUUUCUGUACAACUGUAAGACCUAAACCAAGAAUCUCCAUUGGAUAAAUUCAUAUCCACCAUCAAUUUUCACUUUUAGGAUUUAUAAACGCGUUCAAAGCAAAUUUAAAAAUCAAAAGAGGAAUAGUAUAUUGUGCAACAAGUGGAGAAAGGUACUAAUUUCUCACGAGCUUGAAAAGUUGCGGUACGAGCGCAAGCGAGUGCCGCAAUUCAAACGAGUGAGAAAUUACCUUUCUGCGCCUAUUACCAAAAUUAUUACACAAUAGUGUCACAUUUGACGUUAUAUUUAUGCAGUCACGGGUUUCCACCAAACCUACUUCAUUCGACGUAUCUUGCUGAGGUUGCUAAAUAUUUAGUGGUUAUUUCGUUAUUUGAUAAUUAUGAAAUGUUUAUUAAGAAUAAAAUUGUAAAAUAAAUCAGUUAUGCACACUAAUGUCAUAUAUCUUAUACAUACUGUGAGAAAAUAUCAAGUUUGUUAACAUAAAACUGUGCAGAAAAGUGCAUUUUGAAUAGUGGUUGUAGAAAAAGUAUUUUGAUUUUACUGUAAUAUAAACCAAAUAAUUUAAAAUAAUUUGUCAAGAGAUGUAGAAAAUAAUAAAGUAAUAAUAAUGAAUAGAAUAAUAAUAAUAAACACAUAAUUAAAGAAAUGAAAUUGUUAUGAAACAUAAAUAGUUUGUAUGUCACAAUUUUGAAAUAUACAAAUUUUAAUUUUAAAGUUGUUUACAACAACAAGACUUGUUAAGUGACUGGACUAAGAAACGAUUUUGUAAUAUGUUUUCAUUAUAUAACAAUGGGUUUUGCCAUAUUUGUUAUUAAUAAAUUGUAUGAUUUUUAUGUAUGUUUUUUAGAUAUUUUUGUUAUAAAUUUUGUUUAGCAAAACAUAUCCAAAAAUUAUAUUUUUGGUUUUUAUGUUCUAAGAAAUACCAAAUGUCUCAGAUCGUGUUGUAUCCCAGAAGUAGUUAAAUGCAAUAAAAAUUAUGUUUUAAAUGAUUUUAUUUAUGCUUUUGGGUGGACUUUAAAAUAUUUGAGACAUCUGGUAUUGCCGUUGUUCGCAUUAAAUUUGGAAAAGCCAUUUAAACAAAAUUUUUGUUGAUACCAAAAGAAAAAUGUUACCGUAUAAUUUACCAAUAUACAAAUCUUUUGUAUAAAUACUUUUAUCGUAAUAUGUGAAUUAUUACUAGAAUAAUCUUAUAUAUACCUAUGUACAUUAGGCAUUAUCUUGUUUAAUUGGUAAUGCAAUAAAGUACCUGAAAAUUA